GUUUCGAACGUAUUGCUGAAAAUCCUUAAGAUCGCGAGUUGGCUGAUCGAUAUGCGAAUCUCGUAUUCUAAUUAUUUUUAACUUACCGAGAACGGCGAGUUCACCCGAACCUAUAAAUACUACUUUCCGCCAUGCAACUGAUUCUAUACAAAGACCAGAAGGCUAUAUAACUCGUGAAACCAAUCCUGCGAUUCAUUUCAACUAUCGUCUUCAAUCAGAACGGUAGCUGGCUUCAACGCAUAACGCAUUUAUAGAGUGCAGACAUGUUUUGAAUGACAUUGUAGCUUGAAUUGCAUUUACGGUGAUAUAGUUCCUAUAAUAGUGACAAAGACAGUUAUUUGUGUUUAAAAUGGUGGUGAAGUUACUAAGAAUAAUGCCAACAAAGCCGAAGAGUCCAAAAACUCCGUCGAAGUCGUCGGCCAAGGCCAAAGAGCCACCCGAGGAGGCAGACAUCGGUACCAUCCACGAAGAAGUUGAGGUACCAGUGGCCUCCGAGGUGGUGUUCAGGAAGAUAUGGAGGAUAAAGAAGUUCCACAAGACCAUCACCAGGAAGGAUUCCUUAGAUAGUCCAGUAUUCAGAUGUUCCGUCAAUGGAAUGAACACGUUUUGGAAUAUUUCAGUACGCUUUUGGAAAGGACCAAAUGGCAAGAAGAUUACCAACCCUCUUGUGAUAUGCUUGAACCUCACGGGCUGUGAAACUGAAGAAACGGGUCAGGCUAGGAUAAGAUUCCAGUUUGGAGUUUGGGACGCUAGUAUAAGGCAUUGGGAGUGUUGCCCAAUUUCGGGAGUUGUGCUUAACCUACAGAAUAGUCGAGAACUCAUUUCCGUGGGCUAUAAGAGUUUAGGGAUCCUGGAUAGGCAUAUUGAAUCAAGCAGUAAGUAUCUUGGUCUAUGAUUACUUUUUUGUGUACAGACAUUAUGUAUAUAUUAUAUUUAAUAUGUCAUGGAAAUAUUCGUCACCAAUUUCCAUCAACUUGCCUCUGGGUCUGCUCUUGGUAACUUUAUUGUCAGUGUGUAAUCUCAUUUAUCAUUACAUCGAUUGGGAUGUUUGGAGAAAGAUACGCAUUGAGAAAAGGCCAUAUAUUUUCAAUUAAGUGGAGCAGUCGCCAACUAGUUCUAAUUAUCUUAUGAAUCAUUUUAUUGAAUCGGCAUACGAAAUCGGCAAAUAUUACUCUAAUACUCAUACAUAAAUGUACAUGGAAAAUUAUCCUUUGGCUCAACGAUUUGGCAGUUUCUCUUGAAACAGGGUUACCUUUGGAAAGCAGUACCUUUAAUUUUUUUGUUUGCUACCUUGUAUCUUUGCCUCUAGCAUCCUCAGAUUGAAAAAAAUGGUAACCAGAGCUCUUAGAUGACAAAAUAAACCAAAUAAAAUUUCCCAUUCCAUUUGGCACAAUCGCAUCGAAUUCUAUAGAGACAUUGACAUUUUGGAACUUCCCCAGAUCAGAUAACCCCCUUUUUGACAACAAAGGUACUGGACUAUACGUAUAUGAACAAAGAGGUUUCAUUGACGUUCUUAUGUUUUCUGAGUGCCAAAUUCCACGAAUUUGUAUUGACACCUGUAAAGGGCCUAAGUAGUCAAUCGACGUGUCUAAAAUACAAUAAGCAAUUAUUUAUUUCUAUUGUAAACGCGUAUCAGUGAGAGUGACAUAUCCAUCAUAUUCUACAAACAAUAAGUUUUAAAUAGUUGGGAUAGUAACUCGCUUAAUAACAUUAAUUGCAAAUGAUUGUACAGAACAUGUCAUUGACAUACUUCUAAGCAUUUGUUUGUUCAGAUAAGGAAGUUAUUUUUACUGUGCUCAUCAACCUAACAGACAUGUUAGCAUUCAUGCACAGAUGUUUUUCCAACCUAUCACUCGCAUUAGUCAUAUUCGGGUCCAAAGACUCGUCAAAACCAGAACCUUUCUCGUCCACUCUGCAUUCAAGCAGGCUUGCGUACUAUAACUCGAAUUGUAAACAUAACCCUAAUUGUGAAGCAGAUUACUCAGAUAGCCAUAUUAGCAUCUGUCUUUGUAUCGCUGAGGUAUUGCGAACUCACAGUGAGAUCAAAUAAAUCGACACUUCGUAAUUCUGGAUUCUGGCUGACUUUACCAGCAUCAAUAUAUAGUAAGUGUUACCUAGAUGGAGAGUCAGCAGUAAAUCCGGAGACGACCGCAGACUGACUAGCAAGAAGGGCUACCCAUCAGAGCCGUGACAACUAUGUUGAGAGAGUACGCAUUUUACCUCUUAUGUUCAGGCAAUAGAUUUGACUUGCUAUAGACAUGUCUACCUAAGAAGGCACACCUAUAAGAAGUGGUCAUUGUGUAAAGGAUCUGCAAAAGUCCAGCAGGCCUAUCGAUAUGAAAAUCCCUUCUUUGGCCUACAAUGGCUGAUGCAAGGGACACUCAGUUAUACCAUCGGCUUCUCCAAUACUUGGAGUUGCUGGUGAUCUAGCCCUGAAGAAGCAUUGUAGAAGGCGUACAAGUGCCACAAGGGGCAUUAUUCCUUCAAUGUAGAGUAAAAAAUAUAUCUAAUAUAUCCAGCUCUAAAUAUCAUCCAGCCUAUUCUCAGCAUCUAGACGGUUCGUCUUAAGAUACUAAUAUUUAAGUUUCUUGCAGGACUUUAUACGUACACAGUUCAAACCCCCCACCCGUGUUUCUUUUAUGAACGGAUCAAGCUAUGUUAUAUUAUUUUUUUCUUGGAAGAGUCGGUCACAAUCUGUAAUAAAAUAUGUAAACAUUCCAUUUAAAGAAAAAUAUUCAGAAUCUGUCAAUUUUGCUAAAACUGAAUAUAUUUCAUUGCACAUUCAGAUAGAUACUCUCAGAACAACAAGAUUGACAUAACGUACUAGAACGCUUUCAUGAUUACUUGUUUAGUUAUUAAACGAUUCAAUAUCGUUUUGGAAGAUGGUGAUUUUAUAUUUUAGGGUUAAUAAGUUUAUCUUCAAUCACAAAAUAAGGUGUCACACGACCCCUCAUUCCAUUUCAUCAAAUGUCACAAGCUGGCGCCCAGCCCCCAUUUUGAAUCUUUCAACUAUUAUUUUUACGUCAAUUUCAUCAUUCCGAAUUUCCGCUGCUUGCUAACUUGACCCGCACAAAAAAUAAUUAGGUGAGGGCUUUUCUGGAAAGCACUGUAUAUUCUUUUUUUCGUUUAUUACAUAUCGUUUACAUCUCUAAAUUUGAAGGUCAUUCACCAUAUCGCUUUACUAACAGCUUAUUUCACAAUUCUUUUAGGUAUGUCAAAACAUGUAUUUAACUUUUGUAGCCAAAGACGUGCAGAUAAUGGUGAAAUUGCAAAUCAUCCAAAGCGAUGAAGAAGUGCACAGUCUGUCUCAGGAUAUGGCAAGGUUGAUGAAUUUGGAGGAAGCCAAAGAUACCGUGGUGGAGUGUCCAUUGACUGAAGGAGAAAAGAAGCUCACGGCUCAUAGCUGGAUAAUUAAAUGCAGGAGUGCCAAAUUGUCUCAGAGACUGUUGGAACACAAGGACGACAAGAAUGAGGUAUGUAUCGAAAUAUUCGUUAUUUUGUUUUAUCCUUGAAUUUGAUUGAUAUUCGGAAAAAUUACUCCAAACAGCACGCCUUAGAAAACUGAAUUAAAAAAUUUAUUGAAGUGAUAUGAUGACAAAUAAGGCCAUUGUUGUUCUGUUUUUACAGAUGCUUUACGUAGAUUUAACGGGAAGUCUGCAAUGACUUUGGCUGAUUAUUUUGUCACCUGCCGAAAUAAGCUAUUUAUGCUGGUCCUGAAGACAAACUCCGUUGCACCUCUUGUGUCCCUUGAGAAGGCACGCAUACUAAUAUUUUAGAUUGUGGCUAGUUGAUGGAGUAUGAUUUAGGAAGUACCUACGUUUGGUCACAAUUUAUAAAAUGUCUUUCUACACAGUUUUAUUUAAUACAUCAACUGAUCUCAAAUUAAAAAUUCACCCUGAUUUAACUUUUGUAACUAUUCAUACCUUUAUUUAGACAUUUAACAUUAUUUUUAAUAUCUCUAGAUAUAUUUCAAUUCAAUUGGAAUCUCGCAUUUGGGAUGCUUGUUCACAAAAUGGACCUUGUAUGUCUUCGCAUCCGGCAUUUGGGUCUUGCAAACGGAGCAAAUAUGCAACAGCGCUUUCUGGGCAGCCUUUUUCUGUUCGUUGGCGUUGUGACCCUGUUUUUUGGCUGCCUUGGCUUUCUCAGCUGCUUUUACUUGUGACUGAAUUCUUUGCUGCCCCCUAGCCAUGUGCGGUUUACAAAUUAUGUCCACGCCGAGGUACAUUUCAGUUUCUGACGUUGACAUCAGUCAUGAUCACUUCAGAGGUGGAGGACAAUAAAAUUUAUAGAUCGGGGGCUCUUGGCAUUUCAGCCAAUUCUGUGGUUUCUUUUGAGGAUAUUUCAGAACCUCCUGUAUAACAAGCAUGUUGAUAUGUGCCAGCCAGCCGAGAGGCUCAUGCUGGUUAAAAAAAAUAUAAUUUGAACAAAUUGUAUUUCUGGUGUAUAUAAAUUUGAAAAUUUACACUGGUACUUUUUCUCACAUCACUUGUUAUAUCUUAAAAAGUUAUGAUUUCAGAGCAAACCCGAACAGGGCCGAUAUUUUUGUUCAUCAAAAUACACAGGGCUGUUUUCGAUGUGCUUGAUAUUCCCAUUUGUCUCACGCUUAGCGAAAAUCGGUUGCCGAUUUCAAAACCAUUACUAAGUGAUUGAUUGGUGUAUUGCUUACCUCUGCCUGAGUUUUUGUUUAUAUCUAGGGUGUUGGGUGGUAUUGAUAGGAUGUGGUGGUAGUUUUUGAAAAAAUGCACAGUACCUAGUGAUAAAACAGUUUACUGGCGAUAAUUUAAUUGGAAAUAUUGGAAACAUAUAGGCAAAUAUUCGAGCACGAUGAAUCCCUUGAAAACUUGGAGUUUGUAAGAAAAAUAAUAGAACUAAGUAAACGGGGUGUGCGAAACUUGGAAGAUAUGCUGCAACCACUUUUGUCGGUGCCUUAUAGUUCGCACGUGGUAACAAUAAUGAACAACUUGUACUUGCAAGACUGACAAAAAAUAGGUAUAGCACUGACGAAACACAGAAAAUAAUUUAUUCUCUAACUACCCAUUAUAACGUCAAUACACAAAGAUUCUUGAAUACCUAAAUCAACGUUCAACGCCUUUGUCGUACGACAUGUUUCGCUAAACUUUUAAAAAAUGUAUCGCUUUCGUGCUAAAGAAAAAGAUAUCGGUCCAGGACUGUUCCAUUUGACGUGGGGCGUAAGAAGAUAUAGUUGAAGUCACCGUUCUUGGCGGUCAUCAACGCCAUAUGAAAUAAGUAAACAGAUCGAGUCCCCGUACCAUGCGCGGAUUUUGAGCGCAGGUGUUACUAUGGCCAAACCUUUCUUAUUUUCUGAUUUUAUUCGCUGAACACUGUGCAGACUAAUCUUCAGUGCAUUUGCUACUCUUGCCAUGACGCAUGAAGUGGGACCGCUGAUUUCAUUCUCUUCCUGGAAAUACCCUAAUGAAUUUAACAUGAGCUGUCGGCCUUCUCCAUUGAUCGUAUUUCCGGGCAUUCUACAAUUCUAUAUUGAAGACUGAUAACAGAACAACUGAAAUUGCACGCCGAUGUCAAGUAAGUUGUCACUCUGACAAAUAUCAUUGAAACAAAGACAAAGUUUUCGAGACGGAGACACACAACUAAAAAACGUAUGUCUUUGAGCUUACCGAACAAACGCUCACACACAGGGGUAGGUCUACAACUAUAAAAACAUGUACUUUCUCAAUUCGACAUUUUUUACCGUAUCUGUACAUGGG